AUGAGCAACACGACAGCAAUCACCACGCCCCUAGUCGCAUGCCUCGAAUCCCUCCUCUCACCCACGCUACCCACCGCCGCGCCCGCAAAUGCAGAUACUCCAGCUCUGGACCUCCUGCCACCCGCCACCCUCGCGAAACUGAAGAAUCUCGGUCAUACUCGUAUCCGCGACAUGCGCGCCCUUGGCCAUACGAGACAGGUCCUCUCGCACCUCCCUGUCUCUGCGUCGCCGCAGAUGUGCAGCAAGCUGAACAAUGCGCUGGAAGCGGCGACGCGCAUGCAGACCGACAAGAUGGUGGCGCUGGCGCUGCUUCCCAGCGGGAAGGGGGAGGGAAAGGAGGCGGCGCGAGAGUUGCAGAGAUGCGUCACGAAGUUGAAGUUCGUGGGUGGUGUCGUUGCGGUGGGGAAUGGGUUGGCGGAUCAGAGUUUUGAUGAAGUCUGGGGUACGGCACAGAAGUUUGGUGUGCCAGUCGUGUUGAGGGAGGGGUGGCCGACAGGCGCAGAGAUCGCAGAAUACACGCAAGGCUUACCCAGCACUGCUAUCGCUCCGCUGGUCACGAACUUGCACAUUGCGCAUACCGCGUCACCGAUGCCGGUUCUGCGUCUCUACCUUGAUGGCGUCUUCGAUCGACAUCCAAGUCUGCGCCUAGCCAUCGCUCAUCCAGGCACGCUACCCUCGCUCAUCCCACGCAUCGACGCUGUCCUCGCCAGCAUACCCAGCGAGAACAAACCAAAGCGCGGUUUCCUCGACGUCUGGCAGCACAAUUUCUACCUCACAACAGCUGAUGCCCUUGACCUAUCGAGCAUGCGAAUGCUGCUGGAGCAGAUCCCCAUGGACAGGGUGUUGUAUGCCAGCAACUACCCGCUCGAAGAACGCGGUGGAAAACUAAUGACAGAGCUGAAAGCAAGCGGAUUCCUGACGGAGGAGGAGUGGGAGAGGCUGGCGUGGAGGAAUGCACAGUACCUGUUCAAAUUGUCGAAGCUGGAGUCUGGACCGUAUGGCGCAAAUACGAGAACCAUUGCAAGGCCUGGGCAGCAUAUGGUGUUCGCGUAG